GAGAGAGAGAGAGAGAGAGAGAGAGAGAGAGAGAGAGAGAGAGAGAGAGAGAAAGAGCAUGCGGCUGAGAGGUUUUAUGGAUUUGUUUGCUGUAAAAUCCUGGAUGGUGAAGAAAUCACACAGCGAAAUCGCCAUCUGUUUCGUCCUAUGCAUCAAAUGUGCUCAAGAUAGAGGCAGCAGAAUCAUUAUUUAUCCUGCUCUGGUGACAGCAGCCGGAUCUGAUUCCCUCAGUGCGUAAAUGUAAAAAAAAGAAAGCCAAAGCCCGGAAAUGAGAAAGGAAAGGACUGGUACAUGGCAUAUGGGAAUUGCAAUGGAACACAAUGCAUCCAGACCGGCUUUAAUUGAUCUGAUCGCUUCUUUUGGAGGAUGGUGAAUGAAAAGCUUUCAGGCUGACAGUAUUCUUCAGGACUGAAAUCAUCCUGCUUCAGUUCAAGCUCUGCGUCCCUCGAUUAUGCUGCACUGAACGAGAACUGGACACCGCCCUGAAUACUCUGGAAGUGACUUCUAACCAUUAACAGUGCGGACUGGACCAGUUGCAUCACGCGACCAGCAGCAUCAGGACCUGAUAAGAGAAAAUAAAAAAAUAAAAAACGCGUUUUCUCCGUACGCCAGCCGUAGUAAGUUUGUCCCUGGCGGGCCGCCGUUGAGAUGGGAGAGAACAUGUCGAAGAGACUGAAGCAGGCCACAGGCGGAGAGUCAGAGAUGGAGGAGCGCAGUUUUAUCAACCCUUUCUCGGACUGGGACCAGGGAUUGCUUGUGUCAUCAAAUUCAGGAGCUGACAGUAACAGCAACGACCCUUUUGAUGCGAAUGGAAAGAUCAGUGAUGCCUUUCAGAAGAAAGUGCAGAAUAAGAUUAAAGAUCUUCUACAGCAAAUGGAGGAGGGUUUGAAGACUGCAGAUCCACACGAUUUUUCCACCUAUACGGGCUGGACAGGCAUAGCCCUUCUCUACCUGCAGCUUAAUCGGGUCACCCAUGAGGCCUCACAUCUUCAGCGCGCUCUGGAUUAUGUCAAACGCACACUGCGGAACCUGAAUGGUCGGCGUGUUACCUUCUUGUGUGGAGAUGCAGGGCCUCUCGCUGUAGGUGCCGUUGUCCACCACCACUUAAAAAACCAGACUGAGUCCCAGGAGUGCCUCACUAAAUUGCUCCAGCUCCAGCGUUCAGUCCUCAGUCUCGACUCCGACAUUCCUGACGAGCUUCUGUAUGGGCGGGCCGGUUACCUCUUCGCCCUACUGUACGUGAAUAAAGAAAUCGGGCCUGAUACUGUGGACGAGACCACCAUUGCCAAGGUGGUGAAUGUUAUUUUGGAGUCGGGGAAAAACUUGUCUAAAGAGGAAAAGAAAACGGAGCGAUGCCCACUGCUCUACGAGUGGCAUAAGAAACAGUAUGUAGGUGCAGCCCAUGGUCUGGCAGGCAUCUACUACAUACUCAUGCAGCCCAGUGCUAAAGUAAAUCAAGAUGUUUUGAAUGAGCUGGUUCGGCCCAGUGUAGAUUACGUGCGACACAAGAAGUUCCGCUCUGGCAAUUACCCAUCAUCCCUGAGCAACGAGACCGACAGACUGGUACACUGGUGUCAUGGAGCACCUGGGGUGGUGCAUAUGCUCAUCAUGGCUCAUACAGUCUUCAAGGAUGACAAGUACCUGAAAGACGCUGUUGAAUGUGGAGAGGUGAUCUGGCAGAGAGGCUUACUUAGGAAAGGCUACGGCAUCUGCCACGGCACUGCUGGGAAUGGAUAUGCCUUUCUCUCCCUCUACCACAUCACACAGGAUAAGAAAUAUCUGUAUCGUGCCUGCAAGUUUGCUGAAUGGUGUUUGGACUAUGGAACCCAUGGCUGCCGUAUUCCUGAUCGGCCUUACUCACUUUUUGAAGGUAUGGCCGGAGCCAUCCAUUAUCUCUCAGAUCUCGCUCAACCUGAGGCUUCCUGCUUCCCUGCAUUUGAACUCUGACCUGUGCAUUUGGAAGCAUAGACUCCUACUCCUUUAUCUGGAGUUUUACAUGCUUUCAGUGCACAUUUGAUGAUAUGAUUACUUCACCCUGGAAGGACCCUUUAAAAUGAAGAAGACAAAAUAAUUUCUUCCUCACCACAACGGACGCAAAAAAAAUCCAACCUUCAGCCUAUAGCUUCAAACACCACCGCCUCGUUCUGUCUUUGUAGCUUAUUGCCUUUAUCCAUAUGUUGUUGUUGUAUUUUUAUUUUGACAAUAUUUUAUGCAAAGAUUUCAUUUUUUUUAUUUUAUCAUCUUUUCAACAUGUCCUAACAAGGAGCAACAUGACGAUUCCAGAGACAAGCAAUUUGUCUUUCCACACUGAACGCAAAACCACCGUGAUGCCGCAGAAAAAGAAACCAAGUUAUCAACAAAAUGUCCUUUCGCCUGUAUGGUUAGGACACGAUUUUAGGGCUUAAUGUUUUGCUAAAAACCUUGCAUCUGCAUGCUUGUGUUCCUUCCUGGUUAUUAGCAGUGCAUCAAUUUGAUUGUUUCUGUCACACACUGGGAUGUUUGUUCCCAUGUAAAAGCUGUUCACUUGUCCAGGAACUGUCUAUGUUGUCUUUGUCUUUGCAUGAGGAUGGUAACAGAUGUACUCAUGUCGGAAUGUGAAUGUGCCGUUGUAUGUGUGCCUUUAGGUAAAAUAUCAACAGUAUCCAACAUGUUGUGGUUCUUUAGGAUGUUCUUUGUGUAUGUUCAAGUGUUUCGUUCCAGUUGCCAUUUGUAAAUGUCUCAAUGAAAGAAAUAAUCCAUUGUACCUGAAAGAAUGAACUGUUCUGUUAAAUUUUGUUUCCUCAGGCAAACUCUGUUAUGAAUGUCGCAAUAAAUUGGGCUUUUUUUUUUGAACCGGUCAAAAAUGACCAUGUCUGAAU